AUGGCAACGAAGAUCUAUGGGCGUGUCCGUGUUGAAUAUGGUCCUAAAGGUGGUCCAUCAAGCCCCACAGACUUCCACACUCAACCUGCAAUGGACUCGUCCCGUGACAAGUCAAAGCAGAAACAUGAGAAACUAAAAGGAAGCUCAAGCUCGAGCAACCCUUCAGGAGAAGCAAAAACAGCCAGAAAAAAGAAAGAAAAGAGUGUAGAAGAAUCUCACCUACCCACAAUGAAGCAGCAGACACGUCCACAUGCUCCCCUGGACCUGAACCUGCCUAGUUAA